CCCCCUUCAGCGAUUUAAAUAUGAGGCUGAAGUCACCACUUCUGCUUUUAUUGAUCUGACGAACUGUUAAAUGAAGCUGACGGAUGUUUAGCGUCAACACUCAAACCGCAUCAAUGACCAAAUCUCCGGCGUAAAUUCACCCUGAUGCACAAUGACAGUCUUUCAUUUGGAUGAUUUCUUGGCAGGAUGGAUUGGAGACUCGUUUACAAGCUGGCAAAGGAUACAGGAACACUCUCCACUGUAUCAUAUCAAUCUACAAAAAGGAAAAUGUUACAGGCUUUUUCAAAGGUCUGUCUUUUCCAUUGGCCAGCAUCACUCUCUAUAACUCUUUGGUGUUUGGCUUCUUCAGCAACACGCAGCGCCUCAUUAGCAGAUAUCGAUACGGUGACGGCAGACAUCCAUGCAGCAUGCUUGACUUGACUGUAGCGAGCAUGUUGACUGGUCUGGUUUCAGUGGGGGUGGGUGCCCCUGUUGACCUCGUCAAAAUUAGACUACAGAUGCAAACCCAACCUGUUCUUGCAGAGAACUUUAACCUUGCUGGGAAUGGGAGUGUCCCUCUGCGGUCAAUGGGAAUUCAGUCCCAGUCAUUGUACAGAGGGCCACUGCACUGCAUUAGUACCAUCCUGCAGAACGAGGGAAUUCAGGGGCUCUACAGAGGCGCGGGAGCCAUGAUAUUACGGGAUGUACCUGGUUACACCCUGUACUUCAUACCAUAUACGUUAUUCUGUAACUGGAUGAAUCCUGAUGCCAAUGCCUCACCCCAUCCCUGCUGUAUUUGUCUAGCAGGAGGUUUAGCAGGAUCCAUCUCAUGGGUCACCGCCACACCGACAGACGUGGUGAAAAGCCGGUUGCAGGCAGAUGCCGUGCAGCACAGGAAGUACAAGGGCAUUCUGCACUGCAUCGUGCAAAGUUACAAGACAGAGGGAAUACAUGUUUUCUUUCGUGGAGCUACUGUCAAUGCUAUCAGAGGAUUUCCAAUGUGUGCAACCAUGUUUCUCGGUUACGAGCUCUCCCUCCAGUUUUUACGCAGUUUCUAACACAGACUUCCAGAAAUGAUUUUAGGGGAUUCGGGAUUUUAAUGGCAUGUCUGAGACUUACAUGUGACAUGAAUGUGAAUUCAUUGUUGAUACGAUGAAAAGUAUCAGUGAAGCUUUUCGAUUUUUCUUAUAUUAAGAAAAUAGUGAAAAAUAGGUUCUAUUUUGAAAAUAUUUUGUUUUACUCAGAUAUUUUAAUAUAUGAUUAUGCAUCAUCUGCAUGUGAAUGAUACAAUAAUUUCUAUUUUGCUCAAAUAUACCUGUCCUAUUAUUAUACAUGUAUAUCUCUUUUGUCAAAUUAGAUUAGAUUCUGUGCUUUAACAAGAUUAUCUGCUAAUGCAAUAUUAUUCAAAUGUGUGAAUAAAUCAAAUGAUACAGUGA